GUCAGUUGUGCAGUGUUCGUUGUUGCAAAUGGAGUUCAUUCGCUGUGUGCAACAGAAAGACACCACAUUCUGAAAAGAUCGUUGACGACGAGAGACUGAUUGUGCUUCUACGACUCCAGAUACUGAAGCAAGACUAAAAUCUGAAGGAUUCCGCAGCGUUACUGGUGGUUUAUGAAGAUGAAUACGUGGGUGCUGGCGGCAGCCGUUCUCUCCGCCGCGGCCCUGGAUCCGUCUGGCGCGGCAAACGUGCUGGGCCUGUUUCCGUACCCGGGCGUCAGCCACUUCGUGGUCUACGAGCCCCUCAUGAAGGCCCUGGCCGCUCGAGGGCACCGAGUCACCGUCUACAGCCACUUCCCGCAGCGCCAGCCAUCGCCCAACUACACGGACGUCAGCUUGGCCGGCUCCAUGCCCCUAGUGGUAGAGAACGUCCCUUUCUUCCCAGGGAUCGGAACCAACAACAUUUUCACAGACGUGUGCGGUAUCGAGGCGACAGCUCUGAACACGUGCGAGGCUACACUUGAGUCUCACGCUAUGCAGGAACUUAUGAAAUCCAACGAGUCGUUCGAUCUCGUCUUUACUGAAAUGUUCCACUCCGACUGUAUGCUGCCUUUUGUGCACAAGUUCCAGGCGCCCCACAUCGCCAUGUUCUCCUCCGUCCACAUGACGUGGACUGAUUACCGUUUCGGCAAUCCGACUAACCCUUCCUACAUCCCUACUCAGUUCUCCCCAGGAAUCUACAGGAUGAACUUCCUCCAGCGGCUGAAAAACACGUUCUUCUCCGUGUACCUGAAGUGGUACUACGACUGGUAUGUGGAGCCUGCCAUCAACGCCAUGGCAGCGAAACACUUCGGCGAGUCGCUACCGCCGAUGCACGAGAUUGCGAAGAACACCAGCCUCUUGCUGCUGAACACGAGUCCCCUGCUCAACCUUCCUCGGGCCAUGGUGCCCGCGGUAGUAGAGGUGGCUGGAAUCCACUUGCCGCAAAUUAAGAAGCUUCCACAGGACAUACAGAAGUUCAUGGACGAGGCCGAGCAUGGAGUGGUUCUCUUCACGUUUGGCUCAACAAUCCGGCCAGAAGCUAUGCCCGAGGAGGUGACGGCGGCAAUGGCGGCAGCCUUCGCUGAGCUGCCGCAGCGUGUGCUUUGGAAGGGGAACCCGGGUGGCGUCCCCAACCUUAGCCCCAACGUCAUGAUGCGCAGAUGGCUGCCACAGAUAGACGUCCUUCGUCACCCCGGGAUUCGAGUCUUCAUGACGCAUGGCGGCCAGCUGGGAGUCAUAGAGGCGGUGUACAACGCCGUUCCCAUGGUAACGAUUCCGCUCUUCGCCGACCAGCACAGGAACAGCAUAGCCUUGGUCGACAAGGGCGUCGCGGUGCUGUUACCCCUCCUCGAAGCCACAGAGGAACGCAUCUUGUCCGCGUUGCGACAAGUGCUGAACGACCCUGGGUACAAGGAGCGCGCCGAGGAGCUGUCGCGCGCCUUCAGAGACUGGCGGACGUCGCCCCUGGAGACGGCCGUCUUCUGGUCGGAGUACGUGCUGCGCCACGGCGGCGCCCCCCACCUGCGCUCUGCGGCGGUGGAUGCGCCGCUCGCCCAGUACCUGCUGCUCGACGUGCUGGCUGCUGCCGUGGUAGCAGUCGCCUCCCUCCUGCUGUGCUGCCGCCUCCUCACCAGGAGAGUUACCACACUGUGCAGGGGCUCUCCCGACAAGCUGAAGGCCCACUAGCUCCACCACACCAACCAGUGCUCGUGUGAACCGCAAGGCGAUUUUGUUGGACGAGAGUGUGUCGCCUUCUGGACAUUUCUGUCGCCAGUCAUUCGUCGUUUUUUCUCACUCACUUUGGAUAUACCGCGGGGAUACGUUGACAUAAGUCCUUCUUUUAUAAAUUUACGAUUUUCACCAUUUGUAGUCGUUUUAGAACUGCGUUUCUCUUCUUUCCAUCACCAGGUUUCUUUAUGGCACUCUCAUACUCAAUCAUUAUCCUCUUAAGGGAUUAAUUUCAUAACUCAGCCGAAAUUUUGCUGAAAUCUACCCAGAUUCAGGUAUUUCACUGUCGAUGUGUAAUUUUAAGGUUGCUGAAAUGCCGUCUUAUCCAUCUAGACAGGCUGUCGCUGUCUUAAACUAAAAAUGAAGUUACAAAUUAUUAUGUUAACCUAUUGUUCAGUGAGUGCAGGCGUCCGAAAAGUUUUAGCCUUGUGUUUUUUAAUCUGUUUCUGUGGAAAUGUUUGUUCUUUCUCUUGUUGCAGGUGUUUUCGUUAUUCUUCUUUGGCCACUUAAUUUUCAUUUCAUAUUUUUUUCACGUUUUCAACUACUCUCAUCCACACAAUAUCUCUUGCUUAAUUACCGCUUCAGUACAUUUGGCCGUAGCCGUUUUAUGUUAGUUUGUGCAGACCCUUCUUAACCUUUCGUUAUUGAUUAUGCCCUCUAGUCCGAUGGAUUGGAUCCGCUCAUUUACGAAUUUAAAUUUGUCAAUUCUCUCUUCCUUUCCUCACUGUGCUCUUGUCCUCGGUACAUAAAUUCAACAUAUUUAAUUUAUAGUCUCGUUUUCGCCGUAACUCCAUCAAUAGUUUCUGUAGUACUAUUUGUGGCUCUUUUUUCCUUCUUAUUGCUUCUCCCCAGUAUCUUAAGAGUUUAUGCAGCUUUUAAAAAGCACUGUUGAAGGACCAUUACUGUGAGGAACUCCAGUUCUAACUUCGGACGGCUCACUAACUGUUACAGCCCUACUUGUGAGCGUAUUUUUCUCUUUUUUUGUUUUUCUGUCUAUACUUAUUUAUUUUUGCAUCAGAAAUAUCGUUUCAUAAAUAGAAUAAUCACCUUGCAUCAGGUAUUCUCCGCCUCUGCUCAGUCAUUAAUUGAAACGGUGAACAAAAGAAAUACGUGAAAAUUAUUAAGUACUAAUACAGGACCCUCUGUUUUUCACCAAUGCAGUGUUCAACUGUAUUUGUGUCGUGUGGGUGUCCUCAUGUGUUGUUGUACUGUCUACUGUUGCUCUGUUGUAUUUCUUUUUUAUGGUUGGUUACUGGAAUUAAAGUAAGGAAGAUGUUGAAAUCUGGUGCCAGAUCAUAGCAUACUCCUCUCAAAUUGCGCGAAAAUGGCCACCAAUUUUAAGGCCUUCCAGCGCAUGGACGUUUCACCGUACGCAUGUUCACAUGCCUUCAGUCUACAAAGCAGGAUGUUUCCCAACACUUUGUUGCUCAAGAGCUGUACAUGCGUUAAGUACUUUGGAUGAAAAUUUUACCUGUCACCAAGAUUAGAGCAACCUACCUCAGUGUCAGCGCCACAAAAGCGCCGCAACAGUCAUAUUGGCUAGACAGAGAGGAUGCACAACAUGUUUGAUCAUUUACCCAUGUGCACAACAGCAAUCUUGUGUUCCAUAAGGGAAGUGUUACAAGUCUGUAACUUAGAAACAACAUUAUACACAAGUAGCGGACAACAGUAGCUCAUACAGAACAACGCAAUGUGUCUGGGAUAGUUUUCAGAUGGUUAAAUAAACCAAGUCAAUCAUGACGUGAUGUAUUACAUUAAUCUGUAGCAGAAAACUCAUUAUUGCUACUAGAGCUGUAAAUAAAGCUUAUUGUAUCUUU